CCUUAGAAAUACUUAUGCAGAAACAAGAAUAUCAAUACAGAUCAAUGAAACACCUUUAAAUUCUCCAACCUCGAAAAAUCUCGAAGAAGUCGGUUUUUUUUCGUUUGAGAAGAUGACCCCUGUCUGCAUUUCUUGUUUGACGGCACUUUCGUUUCUCUUACAAGUUGUUGAAUGCUCAUCAUACAAACAGAGCGAAGCCAAGAAUCAUCCGAAAAUCAGCAUCGAUGAAAAACAUAUAAAUUCGCAGAAAACAUAUGAAAUCGAAGUCCAUGGAAUCCUAUUGUGGGCUUCGAUGGGAUUAUUGAUGCCUAUAGGAAUCCUAACGAUGAGAAUCUCGACUAGUACCACCGAUUUUCCUCCUUCCAAGCACAAAAUCUUGAUCUAUGUUCAUGCAGUUUUGCAGGUCGUCUCGGUGGUAAUCACUACUGUCGGAGCAGUUCUAUCAAUGAUAAAAUUCGAGAACGCUUUCGACAACAGUCAUCAAAGAAUAGGGCUGGCACUUUACGCUGCCGUUUAUUUGCAAGUUUUGAUUGGAUUUAGAAGGCCUAAGAGGGGAAGUAGAGGAAGAAGUGCAUGGUAUUUGCUACACUGGCUACUAGGUACAACUAUUUGCUUGGUCGGAAUCUUGAAUGUAUACACGGGUUUGCAGGCUUACCGCAAGAGAACAUCGAAAAGUACGACUCUUUGGACCGUAGUUUUCGCAGCUCAAGUUUCUUUCAUGGCGAUUUUCUAUCUUUUUCAAGAUAAAUGGGAUUAUAUUAUAAGACAAGGGGUUAUUAUUAUUUCACCUGGCUGUGAUCCAGAGAAUUCACAAGCACAAUUGGAGAAACAAGUUAAGGAUGUUGUGAUUGUGAAUGAGCCAUGCAGGAAAAGUAAUUCACUUGGGACUUAUUUUUCAAGAACCAAUGCACUAAAUAAACUAUUUCAAUUAACAUGAAAGGGCUUGAUUUUUUUUAUUUUUUAUUUUAUUUUGGG